GGUGACUUUUGAAUAAACGAACGAGGAAAAAUUGGUUCAGUCUUUUUCUUUUUGCGCGGCCGUGUGUAAAGAUCACCAUGCAGCUUUUCGUUCGUGCACAGGGCACCCACGUCUUCGAGGCCGACGCCUCGUCGACUGUCGAUGAUGUCAAGGCCUUUGUUGCCGCCGCCGAGGGCAUCGCCGUCGAGGAUCAGUACCUCGUUUCGGCCGGUCGCCCCCUCGAGUAUGGCCUUCUUGAUGUGUCGCCCCUGAGCACCAUCGAGGUUGGUGUUCGCAUGCUCGGUGGUAAGGUCCACGGCUCUCUGGCUCGUGCCGGUAAGGUCAAGGGCCAGACCCCCAAGGUCGAGAAGCAGGAGAAGAAGAAGGUGAAGACUGGCCGCGCCAAGCGCCGCAUGCAGUACAACAAGCGCGUUGUCAACGUUGUCACUGGCCUCGGCAAGAAGCGUGGACCCAACUCCCAGAGCCAGUAAACUCUUUGCCCUCUCCCUCUUUGCCUCUGCAAUCCAACAAGCACAGAUUCUUUUGCAGCCUAGCCUGAAUGCCAAUUGACCAUGUUUGUUGGUA